AUGCGAAUUCUCAUUCUAUUUUUUCAGAUGUGGUUUUUCUAUGCGGGUUAUCUAACCCUGAGUGUCUCUGUUAUCACCAUUAUCAUCCAAUUGGCCUACAUGCCACUGAUCAUCAGAAAAGUAGAAAGCUCACGAGAUUCCGUCCUGCAAAGCAUUCGAGGUUUCAAAGUUCUCGAAAAGGACAUAUCCAUCCUCAUGGAAUCAGCUAGCCGCGAAAAACGAGCAGUGGUGUGCGCGCCGGCAAAACGUGGUGCUCCUGGUACGACAGGAAGCCUGGUAAGGAUGGAAAACAGGGCAACGACGGAGCACCAGGGAUACGAGGGAAGGAUGCUAGAGAUAUCCUCGCCGAGCAGGAAGAAAAGUGUAUUCAUCUGUCCUGCCGGUGAGAUGGGCCCCAUGGGACCACCAGGCGAUCGUGGCGAGCCUGGGGAGAAGGGAUCGAAGGGCCAGUCAGGCACUCCCGCAACUGAUGGCAUUGACGGUUCGUUUUAUGGAAAGCCUGGUGUUAGGAUGGAACAACAGGGCAACGACGGAGCACCAGGGAUACGGGGGAAGGAGGCUAGAGAUAUCCCCGCCGAGCAGGAAGAAAAGUGUAUUAUUUGUCCUGCCGGUGAGAUGGGACCCAUGGGACCACCAGGCGAUCGUGGCGAGCCUGGGGAGAAGGGAUCGAAGGGCCAGUCAGGCACUCCCGCAACUGAUGGCAUUGACGGCGACAUUGGCCCAGAAGGUGAUGUUGGACCACCUGGUUUCCCUGGAAGGCCGGGAGCUCAGGGUCCAAGCGGACGACCGGCGGAGGGAGGAAUUGGCAAACCUGGACCAAAAGGAGCGGAUGGUCCUGUUGGGAGGGCUGGAGCCCAAGGUCCUCGAGGAAAGCGAAAUUACAUCUACGGGCCACCUGGCCCGACAGGACAACCGGGUCCAAAUGGACUGGACGGCAUAAACGGGAACGUUGGAGAUAGAGGACCGAAGGGGCCACCCGGAGAAAAAGGAGCUGAUGCGAAAUUCUGUCCGUGCCCUAUGGAACUACAAAUCAUCAGCCAACAAAAUCAAGAUCUUAAGCACAAACUGCUAGAGCCCUACAUGCCAAAAAACCAAUCGCAAACCCUUCCACGCAAGCCCCAAAACACAACAGCGAAGGAGAGGUCAUCGGAGGACGACGAUGUUCUCGAGAUCGCUCACCCUGUAAUAAGCGCUGCUAUCCCACUUCAUGAGAGCCCUCAAAUGGAACUGGGUCCCCAGGCACCAACCAACUUCACUGAAGAAAGUGCUCCGCCUGCUCACGCUGACUGUCGGACCGCCCGGUCGAAAAGAUCUCACGGAGUGAACGGUCGGGCACCAGGAACCAUUAUUGGAACGCGAAAGCUUCCAGAGGUCAACACCAUGAAAACACCAUCUCCAAGUAAGUGCUUGAGUUUCCGUGGAUUAAGGGAAUCUUGUGAAAGUUUUGUUAAUUCGUUAGGCCCAACAUCAACGACGACAACACCAUCCACGACCACACCUACCAGGAAGACAACGACAUCCGAGCCCAAACAACAGGAGGAGAGGGUGGAUCUUCCGUCUCAGUUCGGCUCGCGCUCUCCUUCCAACCAAGUAGCCCUGAGUGAACUUGUGAGAUUCGAUGAUGAUUAUGAAGAGACAACCACGAUGCCAACGACUACUCGACGCCGCUUUGUGUAUGUCACUAAGAAACCCAGACAUUACUUCAUCUAG